UGCUAUUAACGAGUAAUUGAAAUAUGCACGAUAAUUUUAAGUCGACGACAGUGCAAGGUAACCUAAUUCCUUACAGCAGCACCGUGAACGAAACCCGCACCGUCUCUCUCAAAGUCUCCGAUAAAGCAAAAUUCAACCUCCACUCUGAUCGAGAAUGUCUUCAACGUUGCUAGAAGCAACUCGAGCAGCACAUGAGGAAGUGGAGCGAUUGGAGAGGGUAAUAGUGAAGGAUCUCCAGAAUGAACCAACUUCCAACAAGGACCGUUUGUAUCAGAGUCACCGUGUUCGGAAUAUGAUUGUUACUAUCACUUCCACCACUGAACGACUUAUUGAUAUAUAUGAUGAUAAAGAUAAUGCUAGGAAGGAUGAGAUUGCUGCACUUGGUGGACAAACUGCUACUGGAAUCAAUCUUUUUAGUGCCUUUUAUGAUAGACUCAAAGAGAUACGAGAGUAUCAUAGGAAGCACCCAGCUGCACGUGUUGUUGACGCAAAUGACGAUUUUGAAGAUCUUCUUAAAGAGGAACCUAAAAUUGAGUUUAGCGGAGAGGAAGCUUUUGGUCGAUACUUAGACAUUAAUGAGUUAUACCAGCAGUAUGUCAAUUCUAAGUUUGGAGAGCCAAUUGAAUAUUCUGCAUACCUUGAUAUUUUUUCUGAGACAGAUAAGAUUCCUCGCAAAAUGAAAACAACCAGGCAGUACAGGGAGUACUUGAAGAAUCUUUUGCAGUAUCUAACAUCUUUUUUCCAUCGGACAGAACCCCUGCAAGAUCUUGAUAGAAUCUUUUCAAAGGUAACAACUGAGUUCAAUGAAAAUUGGGCUACUGGAAGGGUAUUGGGAUGGGAGAAUGUCAAUCAGGAGAAUGGACAUGUACCUGCUCAGCACACUGCAAUUGAUCUUGAUUAUUACAGUACAGUUGAAGAGCUUAUGGAAGUGGGUCCUGAAAGGUUAAAGGAGGCACUUGCUGCAUUGGGACUUAAGACUGGUGGCACUAUUCAGCAACGUGCAGAGAGACUCUUCCUCACAAAGCACACGCCUCUUGAAAUGCUGGACAAGAAGCAUUUUGCCAAGGGGGCGCGUGGUUCAGAAAAAAAUGGGGUAGCUGCUGCUCCACAAGAUGGAAAUUUAAAAGAAAUUGCAUUAAUGGAGGCCAAAAUGAAUAAACUGUGUGAUUUGUUAGAUGAGACAAUUACUCGAACAAAAGACAAUAUUGUAAAGAAGCAAGCCCUAACAUACGAGGAAAUCGAAGCAGAACGUGAGGAGGAAGAGACUCAAGAGGACUCUGAAAGCGAAGAUGACGAGCAGCAGAUUUAUAAUCCCUUAAAGUUACCAAUGGGAUGGGAUGGGAAGCCUAUACCUUACUGGCUGUAUAAGCUACAUGGUCUGGGUCAGGAAUUUAAGUGCGAGAUAUGCGGGAACUACAGUUAUUGGGGGCGUCGUGCUUUUGAACGACACUUUAAAGAAUGGCGUCAUCAACAUGGGAUGCGAUGCCUUGGUAUACCAAAUACAAAGAACUUCAAUGAAAUUACGUCAAUUGAGGAAGCAAAAGAGCUCUGGAAGAAGAUACAGCAGAGACAAGGAGUGAACAAGUGGCGCCCAGAUCUAGAGGAAGAGUAUGAAGACAAAGAAGGCAACAUCUAUAAUAAGAAGACAUAUACUGAUUUACAACGCCAGGGGCUGAUAUGAAAAGAAAGAAUCUUCUUUCCAAUUCUUCUUCUAUUAGUAAAAGGAGGGGGAGGGGAAUCCUUUUUGCAUCACCUAUGAAGAGGAAGCAAUUUGUUUUCGGCAGGGUUUUUAGGGGAAUGGUUGUAUCUUAGCAAAAUAUUCAUCCCUACUGGGGAGAAGAAUGGGAACAGACAAGGAGCCAUAUUUUGUGAAUUGCGGCGCACUUUCUUGAAUAACUGUGAAUUUGUGACUGAUAUCCUAACAAAACGGGAGAAGAAACAACAAUUCUUAUCGCUGUUGCAUUGUACCAAUUAUUAUUGUUAUAGGUUUCUGAGUGAUAUUGGCCAACUAAUGUCUUUCUUUAAUGGUGUAGAUUUAAUGGGAUAUACUUUUCUAUUUGCAUGUCAAGUUAAGUUUGGAAUAUACUUUGCAUGAACAAUAAAAAGUACCUUAGUGGAAA